GAUUACAUUUGGUUUGAAAGCCAUUUCGCCAUCUGGUAAUACUGAAGCAAAGCAACAAAGUUUUGAUGAAAGAUUACAAUUGAAUUGCGAUGCAUUUAGCCAAAAUUGAACUGUAGCAGCCAUCCGAAACGAUAGAAAGCAACAGCAGAUCCCCUGGAGUCGCAGCUACAUGGAUACGAAGUCCAACGAUGACUCGGCUGGCAGUGACUCGCUGGACAAAUCUAUGCAAAUCAAGUGUGUGAUGGUGGAGACGACGACGACGGGAGAGGGAGACUCAUCCUCCGGGGAUGUGGACAACUGCAGCAGGGACUCCGCUGCGGAUUCACUGGGGAAGGGAUCGAUAUUGAGAACAGAGGAGGGAACUGCGGAGCUGGCGGAUCACAAGACUGAAGCUGCGGUAGGGACGCGGGGCGAGGGCGACAGUCCGCAGAGCAGCCAAUCCCCACCAGACCAUCCAGCCAGCAACUCGCCCACAUCCUCCUGCACUGCCUUCGAGACGAAAGUUAAAUUAAUCUCACAGAACCUCAAGGAAACCACACUAGCCGAGAGUUCCGGCACAUCUGUAUCUGCAUCCACUUCUGCCUCCAGCAAUAGCAGCCUGCUGGAAUCGCAGACUCCCAAACAUUCCACCACAGACUGCGCCUCGCCGUCCGUUCGCGUGAAGAAGGUACGCUUCCAUCCAGACGUCAAAGAGAACGACGGCGGGAACUGGGUCAAGAAGAAGCGACGUUCCACGCAGACGAAGCGGACAUCAUCGCCCAGCGGGGCCAACUGUGAUGGCAUGGAACUGGACGGCGAGCACGAAGAAGAGGAAUACGAGGACAAUGACGAGGAGGAGGAGCCGGAGGAAGAGUUUGACCUAGCCAAGACGAUCGCCGAGGCGGAGGACUACCUCAAGCAGCAUCCGUUGACGUUUGUGCAGCGCGUCGAACAGAACGGCGAGCGUCUGCAGGACGGACUGCUCAGCAUCGAAGACAUGCUGAACGAAGUCGGCGAGGAGGUAGUCACCGAGUACAACGAUGAGGACUUUUUCAGGCGGAUCAAGCCGGAAAACGGUAUUGAACGCAUUCUGGGCAAGGAGACCAAGGCGGGCAAGGUUGAAUUCCUUUUACGAUACGAGAACCAGGGCGGGCUUUUUUGGGAAUCGGAGGAGUUUAUUAAACGCACGUGUCCCUCGCUGCUCAGGGCUUACGAAAAGAAUCGAGAGCGACGUCAGCAGCGUUUGAUGCACCACGUUGCUAAACGGCAGACUCUGCGACAGCGAUACACGGAUUUCUAGUAGCGGCUACUUAGGUAUUAGGUUCAUAAUUAGGUUCCACAUAAUUGUAACAUUUUUGUAAAAUGAAGUAAAUGAUUUUCUUUUGUUGAACAAAAA